AUGGGAGGAGGCGUCAUGCGCACCGCCGCGAAGGUCGGCCUCGCCGGGGGCGCCGCGGCGGCGGCGGGCCGCUUCCGCAACGUCGCCCCGUCCUUCGCCACGGCCCCCGCGGCCGAGGCCGCCGCGGCGGCGCCGCUGCUGUCCGCGGCCGGGGAGAUCCCGCCGGUGGCGCCGGCCGGGUCGCAGUGGGCAUCCUGGGAGGUGGACGACUGGGAGUUCGCGGACUGGAGGUCCGAGUCGGCGUCCGAGGCCGACGUGGCCGUGGUCGGGGGGCCCAGGCUGGUCUUCGCCCCACCCUCGCGAGAGGAGGCCGAGGAGGCCACCGCCGAGCUCCGGGAGGCUAUUGACAGGGUUUAUUUUAAAGAGACUCCAGUAGAAGUUGUUAAGGAACAUGAUCAAGAGCUUAGCAAGCUGGGAGCCGAUGCAUUAAUUCCUGCUAUGCCGGGACAUGUAGUGCAGGCUUUUACAUUGUUAAAAUCAAGCCCAGAGGCACAGAGCGUUGUUGCCUCGCUUGCAUCAGAUAAAAAUGUGUGGGACGCGGUGUUGAAGAACGAGAGGGUUAUGGAAUUUUACAAGAGUCACCAGCAAACUCUGGUCAAUACUUUUCCUGAGGGCACCGACUCUAGUGACUCAGUAGAGUCACCGGAGAAAUUUGAAGAGGCAUCCCCAGAAUAUGCACUUCCCACUGCCUCGCCUUUGUCGGACUUUGUGGACAAUGCGAAGAAGACGAUGAUGGAGAUGGUUGACAACAUAACCAACUUCUUCCAAGACCUGUUCCACAACCCGGCAGAAGCUGAGGCCCGACCGGGCUCAUCCUCUAAAAAGCCUUCGUUCGCGGAGAUGGCGGCUGGCGGAUCUUUCAUGGCUCUUGCCAUGGCGGUCAUCCUAGUUGUUCUGUUCAAGAGGGCAUGA